AUGAGCUCUCGGUUACGCCCUAUCGAAUUGAGCUGGAGCGUGACGAUCGCUUCAGUUUCGAACUUGCCAGCGUUGCAACAAGCUCCUGGAUCGCGCUCAGUUACGGCGCUUUACCGCACCUUCUCAAUGGUGUUCGAUCACCUCGCUCUAUGCGGUUCCAGCUCGGCGACAGAGCCCGAGCUCUUCAAGAAGCGGGUGCCCAACGUCUUCCGUCUUUUGCUCCCGUGCAAGAUGAUGUGGCAACGAGCAAUUCGUCGGCUGCGAGUCGGGGCCCCAGCUGACGACCGCAUGGCGUCGCUGGUCGUUAGUGGCCUCAUGCACGGCAGCAACCCGCACUUCCGUCGCCAGGAGCAGACUCUCUACUUCGUCGAUAUGUUCGGCAAGAAAGUGCUGCGAUACUCUCUAGCAACCGAAGACGUCGGAGUCGUAUACCAAGACAAUGACGAUUUCAUAUCGGCUAUCGGAUGGCUGCCGGACGGUCGAAUGCUCAUCCUUCGAAUGAAGAACCGACAAGUUUUGGUCUUGGACCAGCAGUCCAGUUGCGUCGAGCUAUAUGCCGACGUAUCUAGCGUCACGCAGUUCCGCGCGAAUGAAUUGGUAGUUUCAAACACCGGGAGGGUAUAUCUCAGCAAUGCAGGGUUCGACGUCGCAAAGAUGAAGAGCUGCUGCUCGACAACACUGGUGAGCAUCGACCCGGUGGAUCGGACGGUUCGCGUGGAAGCGACAGACCUGCUACUUCCGAAUGGAAUGGCCAUCACUCCGGACGGCAAAACUCUCAUUGUGGGCGAAGCAAUGGCCGGUCGACUCACUGCGUUUGAUAUUAUCGAGGACGGCAAGUUGGCUAACCGCCGAGUGUGGGCCAACGUGGGCACGUUGUUGGGUGGCAUCACGUUGGACGCUGAGGGCUGCAUCUGGGCCAGUAUACCCCAAAUGGGUGUCUACGAGUUGACAGGAGGGGCCCUCAUUCGAGUGAGAGAAGGAGGACAGAUCGUGGAUCUAGUGGGAUUCCGACGGAAUGGAAUCUCGCAUGGAGUGUAUGCCUGUACGCUCGGAUUCGACGCCACGGGAACGGAGCCGAGUCUCUAUUUUUUCGAGUCUGUGGCAAGCAAAGAGACCACCGUAUUGAUGCAGGGUCACCGGACAGCGCAGAAGAACAGUAUCUUAAAGCGGACUCGAGUCACUGUCGGCCCUGCACUCAUGCAAUCAAACCAAAACAAUUGCGGCGGGUAUUGA